GGCGAGCGCUAAAAAGAAGCAAUAGUGUUUGUUUGCACGUUCAAAUAACUGUUCGAAUUUGCCCCCGAACUGGGGAGAGGCCUGUGUCUUCUGAGGUCGCUCUACCGUCCUACAAUUCAAACUACAUGUCAUAUAUUUUAAGGUCACAUAUUUAGAUACAAGAAAAAAGCCAGGGGAGGUGUGAUUAUUUUUAUUUGGCCGGUGAUUGCCCUCACUGACCAGGGCUUUUUUCUCAGCACAAAUAGCGCCUCAUUCCGUAUUUCGGCAGGGGUCACUUGGGCGCGGGGAAUCCAAACGCGAAUCUCACCAGGAAACACGUGUUUCCGCGGGUGUACGAUGGCGGUGAAAGCCGGCGCAGCACCCGGCUAGGAGGGACUGUCAGUCACUUUCUGAGAGCGUGGAAAUGCAUCUGGGCUGUUUUGGGCGUGUUUCCACCUAUCUGUCCCAGGUUAUGCUAUGACUGGCUUCAGGCUCCCCAUCAGCACUUUCAGAAAACUAAAUGUCUGGUUCGGACUGUGGGAGAAAUUUCCCUCAAAUAAACUUUAUCCUACUUGGAGGAGAAGCUUAUUCUGUAGCUGUCAAGCAAGCACAGUAAACUACAGAAGAUGUUUCAGUUUUUCCCCAGUCAGACUCAGUGCACUAAGACUCUCUCCAGAGUAUAUCUCAGUACUUUCUCUGCGGAGCAAAAGCAGCAAAAGCUCUAAAAGGAGCAGACAAAGCGUACAAGAAGAGGAGGAAGAAGAGGAUGAAGAUGAAAGUAUUUUGGAAGAUGAAUUUGAAAAUGACCCCAACAUAAUAAAAGAUUACAAGGAUCUUGAAAAAGUAGUGCAGUCUCUUCGAUAUGACGUGAUACUGAAAGCUGGCCUGGACAUGGCAAGAAAUAAAGUAGAAGAUGCAUUCUACAAUAAUGAACUCAGGCUGAAUGGAGAAAAACUAUGGAAGAAAAGUAGAACUGUGAAACUUGGUGACACACUGGAUCUCAUAAUAGGUGAAGAUAAAGAAACAGGAGCUGCUGUAGUUAUGCGGGUAGUCUUAAAAAAAUUAUCUGACAAAACUGAAAGUGAAAAAUACAAAGUCAUUUUGAGGCGUUGGAAAAACUUAAAAGUGCCCAAACAGGAUGUGCUUAAGUAAAAAGGGGUUGCAUGGGGCAGCAUAAGAUUUUUGCAGAAAAACAUAUUUUUUUGUUAAAUAUGAAUUUUGGUUGAACAAAAUUACAGUACCCUUUUUUAAGGGCUUGUGUCAGAAUGUUAUCUCGCUCUGCUGCGUACAUCAAUAAUCAUGCAAUAAGGCCUGUCACUUUCUGCUGUUAGCUUUGUUUUGUGGUACUGUAAGUUAAAAGAUCCAACACCUGUAUUUCCAGGAAGUUUCUUAUAAAUAAUGAACCAAUAAAGACUGAUCUGAUCACUAUUUAAUUGCUAAUUUUGUUAAUCAGAAAAGUUACAUUAAAGCUGACAUCAUG